AUGUGCGGAACACAACAACGCGACAAAGUGACGUCUUUGUAUUUUGGCCCUCACGGUUUGCCGUAGUUGGAAAGAUGGCGACCGUGGCGCUGGUUAGCCGUCCUGUGAGUGUCCUUCCAAAGAUAUCAAGUAGCUGCUGCCCUGCUGUUCUGUCUGCAGUGUCCGUCUCCACAGUCCAGCAGAGGAAGCUGCACCAUGCUGUCAUCCCUAAAGGGAAGGGAGGACGCUCCUCCUCCAGUGGAAUAGCAGCAACAGUGUUUGGUGCCACCGGUUUUCUGGGUCGAUAUGUUGUCAACCGGCUGGGUCGUAUGGGCUCUCAGAUUGUCAUCCCUCACCGCAAUGAUCAGUACGACGUCAUGUACCUGAGGCCCAUGGGUGAUCUGGGACAGAUCCUUUUCAUGGAGUGGGAUGCCAGGAACAAAGACUCCAUCAAACAGGCGCUGGAGCACUCCAACGUGGUCAUCAAUCUGGUGGGCAGAGAGUGGGAGACGAGGAACUAUAAAUUUGAGGACGUCUUCGUGAGCAUCCCUCAGCAGAUCGCCAAGGCAGCCCGAGAGGCCGGCAUCACAAAGUUCAUUCACAUGUCUCACCUUAACGCCGACAUCCGCAGCCCGUCCAAAUACCUGAGGAACAAGGCUGUAGGAGAGACAGCAGUGAGGGAUGAGUUUCCUGACGCCAUCAUCAUGAAGCCCUCUGAGGUCUUUGGAAGGGAGGACCGAUUCUUCAACUACUAUGCCAACAUGCGCUGGUUCGGCAAUGCUGUCCCACUCAUGGCCAUGGGGAAGAAGACUGUGAAGCAGCCUGUUUAUGUGGUGGAUGUGGCUAAGGCCAUCAUAAACGCUGUCAGAGACCCCGAUGCUAACGGAAAGACAUACGCGUUAGUUGGACCCAACCGUUACCUCCUUCAUGACCUGGUGGAGUACAUCUACGCAGUGGCACACAGAUCUUUUGUGCCCUACCCCCUGCCCCGCCCUCUCUAUCACCUUGCUGCUUCCUUUUUCGCAAUGAACCCCUUUGAGCCCUGGACAAGUCCUGACAAAAUCGAGCGGUUUCACUUUACAGACAUGAAGUACCCUGGACUUCCUGGUCUGGAGGACCUUGGCAUCACUCCCGCCAGCGUAGAACAGAAGGCUAUUGAGAUUCUGCGUCGCCACCGCCGAUUCCGUUAUCUGGAGGCUGACCUGGAUGUGGCCAAGCCAGCAAAAACAGUCAAUUAUUAAACCCCAAACCCACUUCUCUAAGUCACGUGGACAGCCAGAGUGUGUCAGUAUGUCUAACUGCUCUUAAACUAUAUUGUGUAAAUAAAUAAAAAAUUAUCCUUCGAGGGA